AUGUCACAGGUACGACAUCAUUCUCCCUUACUUUCUACUUGUGCAUCCCAUUCUGAUACUUUUCUACUUGAUACAAUCAUCGAUGAUUCAAAACCAUCAAACGCUUCAGCAUCUAUCGUAUGUAGCACAUCCCAAACUGGGGUUUUAACCAAACCCGAUAGAGCCAUUGAUGGAAUCUUUGGAUUCGGUUACCAAGGACUCUCUGUAAUCACACAGAUUUCUUCGCAAGGGAUUGCUCCAGAUGCUUUCUCUCAUUGUCUCGUCAGAAAUGGUGGUGGUGGUGGGAUUUUGGUUCUAGGUCAGAUAAUCGAGCCAACCAUGGUGUAUACUCCAUUAAUCCAGUCACAGCUAUGA